UUUGUAUUUCUAAUUAUUGCCUCUCCUUCUGCUGUGUUUCGGCUCGUGUUCGUGUUGAAUCCAAAGUAAUGGCUAGAAGUGGGAGCAGAUGGUUGGCGUAUCCGUGCGUCACAAUCAAUCCGAUUGAUGAACGACUGCUUACUAAGUGGACAUGUAAAGAAGUAAGUAUGUACCGUACCAAUCUACACAUGUACAUAGGUAUGUACCUAGGUGUAUGUAUCAACACCACCAAAACCAUUGCAGGAUCAUAUGACAUGGCCAAUACUACUUCUAACCUGGUUGCUGAGCUGACCCAAUACUUCAAUACCCGCCAUCUGUACCCUUCAGCCGCAUGGCUGCAAAGUUUUGUCUCCACCAUCCGCCCCAACACGCCAUUGCCGGCUCUCAAACAAACCGCCCUGUUCCGCCUUCUCGCUGCUGAUAUAACCAACACAUUGACUCCCACCACAUCAAGCUCUGUUUUUCCCCGGAAUAUACUCGAUGCAGAUAUCGAGCUCCGCCAACUCACGGGGCCCAUCGUCUGCCAAGUGCUGCAUCUGGAAGACAUUGGCCUCUCGCGCUGGGCCCAAGUUGAAGCCAUCGAGGCCCAGGAGCGCGGGGAAGCCACCAGGGGCAGAGAAGUUAUCCGUGUCAUCGAGAAUGAGACGGAUGGUUCUACCAUCACCCCGGUCCUGCAGAGCAAAGGUCCUUUCAAACUGCUUCUCCAAGACGCCAAAGGUGCACAGGUAUAUGCCCUAGAACUAAACGGAAUCCACGGCAUCAGCUCCAACAUGUCCAUGGGUGCCAAGUUGCUCUUGCGCAAUGUUCAAGUACGUCGCGCUGUGGUCAUGCUAGAAGCUCCCCACGUCCAGUCGCUAGGCGGAAAGCUAGAUUCCCUAGACAACGCGUGGAAGCAAGCGAGAAAAAACCGUUUGACAAACGCAGCCAAAUCUUAUGCUGGUUCGGCGUCGUGA